AUGUUUAGAAACUACAAAUUGCUAUUUGCAACCAUUUAUGCUUUGCUGAUUUAAUUAAAGGUAUGCAGAGAUAUAGUCUUCAAUCCAAAUCCGAUGACAGAUUUAAAUAUCUUUAAAUUAAGAAAAUAAAAUACAUACUUAUCUGCGAUAAGUGAGGACAAUUAAUUUGCAUUUAUUUCAGCCAGGGACGGAGGAGUGUUCGUAGCUUCUUUAGCAAACAUGAUCUAACCAACAAUUAUUAGUAAUAUUCCUACUUUAUAGUCUUAAUACUUAUACGUUAAAAAGGAUGUUUUAUUUAUUGGAGAUCUAAUUGAUGGACUACUGAUAUACAAUAUAUCAAAUGCUUAUAAUCCCGUUUUGAUUUCUAAGUGGUAAGUAUAUUUACAUAUAUAAGCAGUAGUAGCAACCUAAGAUUUAAAAUAUGCUUUUGCUCUUGGAAACGGUAUAGUAUUCUGCAUUGAUAUAACUGAUCUAAAGAACCCAAAAACUAUAUCUAAAAAUGGAGUACAGUCAUCAAAUUCUCUUAAAAUGAGAUUGAGCACUGACGAAACUCAUUUAUGUGUUUCUAAUUUACUUUAUGGUUUAUAAAUAAUUGAUAUCAGAUAAAAGUAGAACAUGAUUGUGAGGGUAAAUUAAAAUCCUGUUUUUGUAAUUUGGGAUUUCAUGUUCACACCUGACUAAAAUUCAGUAUAUGCUGUUGAUGCUUAUUAUGGACUUUUUUAGGCUGAUGUUAAACAAAUUUUUUAAUUACCAGAAGCAUCUAAAGAUUUAGUAAACCUAAAGUUUAUUCCUAUAUAUUCUUCACCUUAAGCCUAGGAAAGUGUUGACAUGACUUCAGAUGGUCUCUUUUUAAUAUUAGGUCUCCGCAGUAUAGGUUUAAUAUUAUUUAAGAUAGAGAACCAAAACUACUAAAGUCCUGUCUUUGUAUAAAGAAUAAAUAGUUUUUACCUAUCUAAUAAUGUUUACUUUUCAAAAAAUAAUAAUGAAGCAUAUCUAUUUGUUACGAAUGGAUUGUCUUUACAAAUUUUUAAAUAAGUAACAAUAAAUACAAACAAAGAUUUUCCUAAUAUUUAUAAUACAUUUUAGUCAUCUUUGACACAUUUGUCCCCAGCUUACUUCCCUUGGUAAAUUAUAUGCUUAAGCAAUAGUAAAUAUAUUAUUGAAACAAAUAGCAAUUAUGGCUUGAAAAUAUUUAAUAUCUAAGACAAUUAUUUACCUAAAUUAGAAUCUUCAAUACCUAUAAUUAAAGGGGAGUUUGGAGGUAUCUAAGUAAAUUAGCAGCUUGAUAUUUUAUAUGUAGGAGCUUAGCAAGAUGGUCUAUUGAUUUAUAAUAUAAGCGAUGUUUCUAAUGUUUAGCUUAUAAAUUAAUUUACUCCACUGGAUCCUCAUUAUUUCAGCAAUGCUAUAAAUGGAGUAACUUACAACUAAAAAAAUAAUUUUAUUGUUGUUUCAAGUGGGUAUUAUGGAUUUUCUGUGCUAAAUGUAACCAGUGAAAGUACAGUAUAAUAAAUAGGUAUAUUUAUUAACAAGUAAUUUGCAUGCAGCUUCGAAAAGUGUUAAAUAACUAAUGACACUACCACAAUAAUUUGUGCUUGCCGUGAGAUAGGAUUGAUUUUCUUUGAUUUUACUAACUAAAAACUCUAAUAAUCUUACUUGUUGGCAAAACUUGGAGCUGAAUAUUUAAUUCUUUCUUAAAAUGAUAAAUAUGCUUUUGUUUGUUUUGGAUUUAUGGGUCUUCUAAUCGCUGAUAUUUAAAAUAAAUAUUCCCCUAAAAUUUUAAGCGUUUAACCUCUUGAUGGUUGGGCAUAAAGUGUAAUGCCCAUAUUUAACGAGCGAUACUUAUUAGUUACUUAGAUUGAAAAGGGAUAUUUAGUUGUUGUAAACAUUGAAGAUUUAUAAAAUCCUUAUAUUCAAUCUAAGCUUUAGUUCCCAAAUGAAAAUUGCAAUAGCGUCUGCAUAACUCCAGAUUAGCAUAGCGCAUAUAUGAUAGGUAAUAGUGGUUUGAGGUAUAUUCCCCUAGAUACUAAUUUAGUUCUUCAUACUUAAAUUUAAGUAUAAUAACUUGAUGAAAAAGGUAAUAUUUUCUAUCAAGAUUUAGCAAUAGGUUAAAGCUUGUAAGUAGGCUAAAUGGCACAAGUAUUUUUUGUUCCUUUGUUUAUUUAAAGUUAAGUAAAAAUACAAAAUGCUUAUUACUAUAGAAACUUUCAAAUGCAAGUACUUCCUUUUUGGAUUACUUUUUACUCUCAAACCUAAAAUCUUGAAAUAUAAGUUGAUAAAACUGGGGCAGUAAAUACAUUUUCUAAUGAAGUGAAAGGAGAAAACAUUAUUGUCUUGUAAUGCUUGAUUUCUCUAAAUUCCGAUAAUUUUAUUACUCCUAAUAUAAAUAAAGAUUUAUCAUAAUAAAUAUAUACUAGCCUCGUUAAUUAAGGCUAUUUAGAUAACUAAGGCUAUCUUACUCCUAAAUUAGAUCCCACUAUAAUAUUCAAUUUAGACUUUUUUGACAACUCAAGUUUCACUGAAGCUAAUGUUGGAACUCCAUAACAAAUACAACAAAUCUAAAAUGAUAUUAAAUAGGUUCUUGUUUUCUCAUAAGUUUAGUAUCCAAUUAGAUUUUUCGUAUAAAGCUCUUUAUUUUUUAAUUAUUAAAAUGUCACAGCUAAUACUACUAAUAGCAUUAUCUCUACUCCUUCUCUGCAAAUAAAUGUUUUGAUUCAAAUUGUUUCUUAAGGUAAAUUUGUAAAAAGGUAGCUUGAUGGAGUUAUAGCUUCUUUUUCUGAUGACUAAACUAGUCUUCAGAUACAAGGUUAAACUUAGUACGUAAAUCAGAUAAUAGGCUAAAAUUUAUAGAUAUCAAAUUUCACUUAAAAUUUAACUGAAUGUAUUUUAGAAUUUAUAAUUUCAGAUUCGAGUAAUUAUGAAAUUUCUAAAUAAAUACCUCUCUCUAACUUGUCAUUUAUCAAUAUUUACUCUCCAAUCGAGGUUUUUUAACAAAACAAUUUAUAAAUCCAGUUUAAUAAAUAGUUUGCUAAUGGAAAUCUAUAAGUAGAAUCAAGAUUCCAGUUUGCUUUUGAUAUAAGUACUUUUAAAUAAAAAGACAAUUUACCUAUUACUUAUAAGGCCUAUAUAGUUGAAAUAGAUGGUUCUCUAACAUAAAUUACCACUGGAAGUUGGAUUGAAUUCAAUGAUUUUAACUUAGGAUUUAGUGGUUAAAAAACAAUAAGCGCAAUGUUUUCAUCUUAUAGGGUAAGAAUCGUUGCAGCAGAUAGUUAUUCAACAGUAUAUGAUGAGUUUGUUUUUGAGUUUACUUAGAUUCCAUUUCUUUAUGUGGUAUAGCUUAUAAUCCAAAUUGUGGGUCCUAUUCUUGGAAUUUUUGGUAUUUGGAAAUAUAGAUCAGAAAUUUACACAUUUUUCAUGGAGAGAUUUUAUCUUUAUAGCAACGAAUGCGCUAUUGUUGGAGAAGUUUAUAAGAAGUAAAUCAUUUUAAUGAAUGAAGUGUGGGAAGAAACAGAAAAGCUUUGGAAAUUAUUUAUAUCAAUCAAUAAAGGAUUUGGUAACAAGUUAUUGUAAGAAUACAAAAAAGAAAAGACCAUUAACCUUUAAUCUGUCAUUAACAGGCUAUUUUAGGUUUAUACAGAAUACUAGAAGAAGUUUCCUAAUAUUGAUCACAGAGAAUUUGAGUUCGAUGACAGCAGACUUACUAGAGUGGUAAAGAGAUUUUGCUAUGAGUUCAUAUUAUAAAAAGAUAAAAAUACAAAAAAAAUACUAAAUCACCUAAAAAAAAUUGGAUCAAAAACUUAUAGGAACAAAGAUUGGUAUAAAUAAUUUGCUAUAAUUAAUUACAAAUUCGAGGUUUCAAACAAUAAAGUAGUGCUAAAAAAUUCAAAAGAAAAUUAAGAUGUCUCCAAAAGCCCUUAACUUCUUUAGCGAUAAAAUUCUAAACUUAAUUAAAUAGAUAGCCAAAAUAUUUCUUUAGAUUUAAAGAAAGAAAUUUCAUUUAAAAGUAAUGAUUAGGAAAAAAUUAAUGAAUAAAAUGGUUAAACUGAUAGAAAUUCUAUUUAAAAUGUACUCAAAUAACGUUCAAACGAAUUUACAUCCAACAAUGUAAACACUAAAGAUCAAAUUGCAGAAUUUGAUAGUUAUGGCUUGAAAAUGGCUCCUUUAUCUAAUCCAUAAAGUUAGCAUAUGUUAUAUUCCCCAAGAAUAAAUAUGGAAGAUAAUUUAAUUGAUUUAAAAAGAGAAGAUAACCUCACUCUAGAUGAAGAGGAGGAUGAAGAGAAUUUAAAUCCCUUUCCUGAAAUAAUCAUUAAAACAGAUUUAAUUUAAUUUAUUACUAACACUUAAUAUCCAAAUUUAAAUUUUGAUAUGCAAUUGUUGAAAGAAAUUAUGAUCUUAGAAAUAUCUGGAAUUGAAAUGGGUGGACCGAAUAGAAUAAACCCAACUACAGGUGAAAGUUUACAUUUAUUUUCCCACUAGCUAUUAAGUGUUGAAGCCUUCAAAAGAGACAAUGAAGAUACAACAUGUUAUUGCUUUAAAAAAUUUUUCAAAGCUAACUACAGUCCUAUUGGUUUAAAUUAAAAUAACCCCCUUCCUCAAUGGUUAAACUGUUAAAUUAUAAAUGGUAUUAUUCAUAUUUGGGGAACACCUAAAUCAAAUGAUGAGCCAGAAAUAUUGGUUAAAAUUGUGGAUUAAUUGACAUUCACAAUUUUAAGUUAUCAUCUCUACAUUAAAGAUAAAGAAGGUAUUGAUCUCAAAGAUAAAAGAAAGAGUACAAUUUUUCAAACAAAUAAAACUAAUUUAGAUGCGAAUUAAAAUUCAAAAAAAAUGAAAUCUAAAAAACUACCUUAAAACCAAAUUACAAGUUAAGGAAGCUAAAUAAGUUAGUAAAAUAUUUAUGAGUCUCAGAGAGAGAAUAAAAUAAAAGGAUAUAUUACUUCAAGGUUAAGUAGAUUUUCUAAAGAUUUAUCAGCUUCUUAAAGGCUUUAAAUUAAUUAAGCUGAACUUUUAAAGAAUUAAACAGCUUAAUAAUAGAUUGAUAAAGAGUUUGAUUCUUCAAAACAAUAAAAAUCUGAUUCUAAUACUGAAUAGGAAGUUAUUUUUGCAAGAGAAUAACCUUAUUUAGAAAAUCUCUAAAUAAAUUAAUAGUGUAAUAGAUUAAGCUCUUUUAAAAAGGAUCAAAUAAAAAAUCAAAAUGACAUUCAAUCUAAGAUGUCUAAUUAAAUUGAAGAAGAUAAGACCAUAGAUGAAGAAGAAGAAAGAGGAAGAGAUUAUGAUGAAACACCAAAUAAUGGAAAUUAAAUGUCUUAGUAAGUAGCUAUAACUAACUAUUAAGCAGGAAAAUGA